AUGCGAAAAAACAAACAAAAAAACACUGAAUUUAUAGUAGAUAGCGGAGGAGCUGGAGGGCCCCAACUGAUUCCCGGGCCAAAACCCACCUCUUCAUUUGAAUCCUCCGGCCAUCGUCUCCGGUUCACAGUGGAGCUCCGUCCCGGAGAAACUACCAUUGUUUCGUGGAAAAAGCUUCUCAAAGAGGCUUCUUCCAGCAAACGCAAUGGACUUAGCGCAUCAGCUUCGUGCCCGUUGUCGGAAGUCCAUCGGCAGAAGGUUUCCCAUCCCCCGCCGCCGCCGCCACCUGCGGUGGCGUCUUCGAAGCAGCUGGUGGACAAUGAAGUUGAAGAGUCACAAGCUCAGGCCGGACCAAACUGUUUGAGCAAUGGUAAUGGCAGUAGUGAAGAGGAGGAUGUUUUUCUAGACGAUGUGCCUGAUGACGAUGAAUAUGAUACAGAUGAUUCAUUCAUCGAUGAUGUGGAAUUGGAUGAUUAUUUCCAGGUUGAUAACUCGGCCGUAAAGCAUGGUGGCUUUUUCGUGAAUCGCGGAAAGUUGGAGCGCAUCGAACCUGCCACAACAACAAACCAGCAGCCAAAGAAAAGGAGACUAAAGACUCAACCAAAGGUCAAAGUGGGAAUACAGAUCGAAUCUCAAUCUGGGAAAGAACUAAAUAAUGCUGAUGAGCUGGAUCGAACUCUUCAACGGAAAGAGAAAGGUGAAAUUGUUGGAAGAUUUGACCUUAAUGUCCCUCCGAGCGCUAGCAUUAGCAGUGAACCACAAAUUACGCAAGCCAGCUAUGGAAAAGUACCAAUGGAUGUGAUCAAUUGUCUGAUGAGUAUUGUUGGCCACUUAAUGCAGCUUAGGACACUGAAGUUAGUUUUCUCUCAGAGAAACCUUAAGAUCAUGGCUAAUCUGGGAUUGUCUGCUAAACAAGAGAAGGAUGAUCGGUUACAGAAGAUAAAACAAGAAGUUGCAGAUAUGAGGCUAGAAGAAGACUCGGGACUUUAUGAAGAUGUAAUUAGCAUACUAUUGUCGUUAUUAUUUGCUCUGGAUUAGAUUGCAUUGGAUCUAAAUAAAAUUGUCACUUAAUUUAAGUAUAAUUUGAUGUUUGCCUUUUCUUGAUGCAGCUUGCAUCAAUG